GGUAAAGUUACUGAACUACAAUCAAAGUAUCCUCAGCCACCAGAGAGUUGACCUUCCACCACAUUCUCAGCAUAGCAGCACGUCGGGAUGAUGAGGCCAGGACGGUCCGUGGCGUGAGAAUGACUUGUGGGGUUGUGCGUAUAUUCACGCUAGCAGAUAAUCCCGCUGUAAACCUGGGCGAGGGUCCCUGUGAUUUGCAGUCGUGGCUGCUGGUUUCACUUGAAGAGCUGUGCACGGCGGGUUUUGUAUGACCCUGCAGUUUCGAAAAUGCAGAGAAGUCAGACUGAGCAUCUCUAUAAGAUUUUAGUCGUCGGCGACCUGGGGGUUGGAAAGACCAGUAUCAUAAAACGUUACGUGCAUCAAAACUUUUCCCAACAUUAUCGAGCUACCAUUGGCGUGGAUUUCGCUCUCAAAGUUAUCCACUGGGACUCGGACACUGUGGUUCGGCUGCAGUUAUGGGAUAUCGCCGGUCAAGAACGAUUUGGGAACAUGACAAGAGUAUAUUACCGAGAAGCCAUUGGAGCUUUCAUAGUGUUUGAUGUGACACGAGCCUCAACAUUCGAAGCAGUGUCAAAAUGGAAGGAUGAUUUAGACUCGAAACUGACUCUCCCCAAUGGCAAACCUGUCUCUGUUGUCUUGCUGGCAAACAAAUGUGAUCAAGAGGGUGAGUUCUUAUCUGCCAAUUCUGGAAAAAUGGAACAGUUCUGCAAGGAUCAUGGAUUUAUCAGCUGCUUUGAAACUUCAGCAAAGGAAAACGUCAACAUUGAGGAAGCAGCCCGGUGUCUGGUGAAACACAUCAUCGCCAGUGAGAAUGAUCUUGCACGUUCUGUGGAAUCUGACGUGGUCACCCCAACACUCAAUUCCUUCAGAAGCAAAGGCAGCUGCUCUUCUUGUUUCAAGGCCUAGACUUUCAGUGCUCACAAAUCUUGAUAUCAUCGUAAAAACGAGGAACUGCAGAUGCUGGUUUACAAAAACAGAUGCAGUGCUGGAGGAACUCAGCAGGUAAGGUAGUACCCCAGAGGACAUGGAAAGGUGACAUUUC